ACGGUCAACAUACAUAUUAGUGUUAUACAAAAUUAUUACUCUGAAAAUAAUGCACCUCAAAAAUCACAUUUUUGAAUUUAAAUUGAUUAGAUAGAAAUACAAAUACUAUUAUCCAAAAUCAUUUAAUUUUCUAUCUCCAAUCUCCAAUAAUGUUCGUUCACCCUCAAAUGCUCCUUACACUUCUUUCCUUCCUCUUCAUCACAACACUAACAAAUUCCAUUACAACCCCAUAUAAACCACCCGACCACCUCUUCAUCAACUUUGGCCUACCAAAAAAUUCUCCACAACCCACUGAUAAGCGCGGUAACAGAUGGCAGAGCGAUCAAGAUUUCAUUCUAGCAACGCAAUCUGCCACCAGUAACUCCACUGCAAAAGCAGUGGAGGCGGCUUCAACUCCUUAUCCCAUGGCCCGAAUAUUUCGGGCCACGACAACAUAUUCCAUACCUGUUACUACGUGGGGCCCAAAACUAGUCCGCCUCUACUUUCCACCCCUAUCCAUAUCCUACGACAUCAUAGACACCAAAUCGUCUUUUCUUUCGCUCACAAUUAAUGGGUUCAAUAUUUUGCGCAAUUUUAGCGCGUUUGCUGUUACGACUAACGCGAACGCGCACGCCAAUACAACUGCGCCCAUAACAUCCGAGGGGCUUGUAAGAGAGAUUUACAUCUCUUUGAACGAAGGAAACGGGCAAAAGGGUCUAAACCUAACUUUCUCACCAAGUAACCCGGAUGGGUUCGGGUUCAUAAACGGGUUGGAGAUUAUAUCUGUUCCUGAUGGGUUAUACUUUAACCGUUCCGGAUCCAAUAUGGUUCCAUAUCUUACGGGUGGGAUUCAAGAUUAUUUGAAUAACCCGUUUAAUUUUUCGGAUUCAAUAGCUAUGGAAAAUAUUAUCCGGCUGAACGUUGGUGGGUCGAUCGUGGAUCCGAGUGUUGAUUCCGGACUUAGCCGGACUUGGUUCGGCAGAGACGAUGACUACAUGAUUAAUGGUCUAAACUACACAGUGUUGAACAACGAUACCACAAUCACAAACUUCAAUUAUACAGUUGCAACACCAUCUUAUACAGCGCCAGAAUUAGUGUACUUGACAAUGAGGUUGAUGGGACCAUAUGUUAAAAAAUUGAAGCAAAACCAAAAUAUGACAUGGUUGUUCGAGGUCGAUGUUGGAUUUAAUUAUCUUGUGAGGCUCCAUUUUUGCGAGUUAGAUUCCAAAAUCAACAACACUGGCCAAAGAGUUUUCCACGUUAGUAUCAACAAUCAAAUGGGUGCACAUGAUAUUGAUGUUUUUGCGCUAACUGGUGGCAUUUUCAUUCCAAUGUAUCGAGAUUUCGUUACGCUCUUUGAAGGUAGUGGUACCAACAAAGCUAGUGUCGAAACCAGAGGUCUUCUUUCAGUGACACUUACUCCCGACCUUACCUCAACAUAUGGCGAUGUCUUGCUCAAUGGAUUGGAGAUUUUCAAGUUGAACUCUUCAAAUGGUUCUCUUGCCGCACCAAAUCCUAAUAUCACUAUGACUUUAACAUCUUUACAAGGUAAUAAUCGAUCGUCGAAUAGUUCUAAUCAUUUAAUACCGAUUAUCGGAGGAAUCCUUGGUGCUAUUCUAGUAGUCGCACUCAUAUCAUCAAUAUAUUUCAUAAUCAUUUUCCGAAGAAAAAAUGAGAAACAAAAAUUCAUGAAAACAAUGAGCAAAGAUGAUACUAGCAAGCUUAAGUGGAUUUCGCCGUUGGAUGAUUCUGGAUCUAAUGCAACUACCGCUAGUGUGAUUUCUUCUCUGCCGUCCGAUCUUUGUCGACGUUUCUCAUUUGCGCAAGUUAGGGUUGCUACGAACGAUUUCGACGACGAUUUGAUCAUAGGAACCGGUGGGUUCGGUAAAGUUUACAAGGGUUCAAUAGAUGAUGGAGCCACUAUUGUGGCCAUAAAACGUCUUACGACAACAUCGAAGCAAGGCGCUCGCGAGUUUGAAACAGAAAUCGAGAUGCUAUCGAGACUACGUCACGUACAUUUGGUGUCCUUAAUCGGAUAUUGUGACGAACACGGUGAAAUGAUCAUAGUUUACGAGUAUAUGCCACGUGGCACUCUUCGGGAUCACUUGUUGUACAAGAAUCCCGAGAGAAGCGAGAACCAUACACCAUUGUCGUGGAAGCAACGACUUAUGAUUUGUCUUGGAUCAGCUCGCGGUUUGCACUAUCUUCACGCGGGUGCUAAACAAUUGAUUAUUCAUCGAGAUGUCAAGUCUACGAAUAUUCUUCUUGAUGAUAAGUGGACGGCCAAAGUCUCAGACUUCGGCCUUUCAAAGGUAGGACCCACUCCUGGUGAUAUGGGUCCUACCCAUGUUAGUACCGCUGUUAAAGGAAGUGUUGGAUAUUUAGAUCCAGAGUACUAUCGACGUCAACAAUUGACAGAGAAAUCAGAUGUAUACUCCUUCGGAGUUUUGUUGUUCGAGGUUUUAUGUGCUCGAUUUGCGAUGAACCCUAAUCUACCCAAGCAACAAGUGAACUUAGCCGUGUGGGCUCGUUAUAACUACAAAAAUAAAACCCUCCACACAAUUGUCGAUCCAAAUCUAACAGGGCAAAUUGCACCCGAAUGUCUAAAAAAAUUUGGAGAAGUGGCAGAAAUGUGUAUACGAGAACAUGGAAGUGAUCGUCCUUCGAUGGGGGACGUAGUUUGGGGCCUUGAAUUUGCCUUACAACUACAAGAAACCGCGGAGAAAAUUAUGCAAAACAAUUUAAGUGAUGAUCCUCAAGGAGAAAUUUCAGAUUCUACGAUAAGUUUUAAACUUGAUGGGGAAAAUGCAUUAGGUUCAAUGUAUAUUGAGAAUGAAUCGACCACAUUAAAUGAUGAUUUUUCUGAUACUAAGAUGGUUGAUAUGGGCACAAAAAAGUUAUUGGAUAGUAGAACUACUACAUUUAAUUCAUCGGAAUCACCCAUAAUUGAUAUGAAGUCUGGUUCGGUUUUUUCUGAGAUUAUCGACCCAAAAGCCAGAUGACUCGUACAAAUUGUUGUAUGAGACGAUUUCUCUAUAAAAUGUGUUUCAUACGACAUGAGAAUAUAAGAUUUUUAUUUCUCAUACAAGAGUAUCUAAAAGAAAUAAGAAAAUAUAUUUUUUUUGUAAAUUUUUUUUUGAGGAUAAUAAAUAUAACUGUUAAUUUGUUAAUUAGUAUUAUAUUUUGAAUAUUUCAAGGUACGGUUGUGUUUUUAAUAUGAAUAAUUAUAUCAUAAAAAUAUAAGAUGCAUAAGUGCCGUGUUAGUCCA